CUGGCGUUCCCCGGCGGGAGGGCGCGGCGUCAACCGCGCCGAGAGCUGCCGCGAGCGGGACGUGCCCCGGCGCGGGAAGCACCGCAACGCGAGCGACCCCAACAGGCUCACCGCACACAACAACCAGUGA